UUAUGAGUGAGAACGCUGAUGCCAGGCAAUUCUCUGCUGCUGCUAUAUGUAUGCGAACUAUCCGGGGAUUAUACCCACCUUUAUUACUUCACUCGUACUAACUUUCAGCUGUUCUUAUGCCCCCUGUGGCAGUCUACAUUGCCCAAGGCUACCUCGACAAUAAGGUCAAGAUCAACAUCUUAUUGACCCUUCUUUUGUGGUUUCCUGGGGUUUUCCAUGCCUUAUAUGUCGUCAGACAUUCAUCUGAUGGAGAAGUGGUGGAGGAGGACGAGACUGUGACACAAGAGGAGCCGAUCUAAACUUAAAGGAAGUACAGGUUGAAGACAGACUCUCUUCUUCUUGGAAAUGCGGGUAUUGCUGGUAGACCAGAAUACUUCAUUGGGAAGUCGAGUUUGAGCCAGCGCGAGGUCCAACAUUUUGUCGCCGCUGUUGGAUAGGUUGCAAAGGUACAUGCCCAGAACUGUUGCUAAGGUAUUUUGCUUUUUUAUAUAGUUUCGUAAUAAAUAUCUGUGGGGGUACAAA